ACAUAUUGAAACAAGUCUAUUUUUCUUCAAAUUACAAAAAUUAAAGAUGUGUAGUGGAAGAAGAGAAGGUGAAGAAGAUACUUCACCAAUUUCAUAUUGCAAAAAAGGGUCCUUGAAAGAGGGAGAAUCCAUAGUUGGGUCUACAAUUUCUUGUGAGCUCUGUACUUCAGAGGCCUCUGUUUAUUGUCAAGCUGAUAAUGCUUUUCUUUGCCGGAAAUGCGAUAGAUCGGUUCACGGAGCUAAUUUCUUGGCUCAGAGACAUAUAAGGUGCCUUCUUUGCCGCGUUUGCCGGAGAUCAACGCGGCGAUUUCUGAUCGGAACUUCGUCGGAGCUGAUUUUGCCGACGGUUGCCGGUUUGGAACAGAGUAGCAGAAAGAGAAGUGCAGAUUCUGAGACGACUGACAACAGAACGACGCCGCAAGAGCUUUUCGUGUUUAUCUGAUUCUUUUUUGUUUAAUUCCAUUCUUGGAUGAUGCAUCUAAUUAAAAUUAAUUAAGUGUCCUUAUUUUUCAUGUAUUAUGUUAAUUAAUAGUAAUAAAAAUAAUAAAAUUUUAUGUGUUCCA